GCUAAACCAUCCGUGGGCUUUCAGACAGUUGUCUUUUGUUUCUGUUUCUGAGAUGACAGGAUCACAUGUGAAUUUGUACUGAUGUAAAGCGGGUCGCUAAGGUGAUUUAAGGGCCCUUGUGGAGGAUAUUACGGCUCAACAUCUGCCUUCCCGUUGGUUGCUGGACAUCUGAAAUUUAUCAACGCCCCACCUCCACCCCCGCCCCACCCGCUGGCCCUCACCUGGCAGGGCAGAUUGUGAUGCCCCUCACACAGGGUGUGUGUGCCGGUGCAGAGGCCUGUGUGGUGUGUGCUGCGCUGGCAGGGACAUGUUUGAGGUGAAGCGCAUGAGCGCAGAGAAGGAGCAAGCCCCCUGCCCUGAUGAGGGCCAUAAAGACUGUGGGUCAGGCCCGGCCCACAUUGAGCUGCGGGGCUCAGACAGCGAGUCCCUGUACCUGUACGACAGCCAGGACUGGGUGGUGUCUCCCAGCUGCUCACCCGAGGAGACCAGCGCCCUCUCCCCCAUGCUGGCUGAGGAGACCUUCCACUACAUGACCUACCUUGCUUUGGAGCCCUCCUCCUAUUCCCACCCUGGCUCCUGCUGCCUCUCUCAAGUCCUCAGUGGGGACAGGGUGGACCAGAUGGCCAAGACCUACAAUGACAUCGAUGUGGUCACACACCUGCUGGCUGAGCGGGACCGGGAUCUGGAGCUGGCGGCCCGCAUUGGUCAGUCUCUGCUGCAGAGGAACCACCUGCUGCAGGAGCGUAAUGAGUCUGUGGAGGAGCAGCUCGCUGAGGCCCUGGAUCAGGUGCACCAGCUGCAGCACGAGCUGGGUAAGAAGGACGAGCUGCUGCGCAUGGUGGCCAGCGCCUCGGAGGAGAGUGAGAGUGACUCCAGCUGCUCCACGCCGCUGCGCCACAGCCAGUCCCUGAGCGCAGCGCUCGCCCUCAGCCAGCUGGAGGCGCUGCAGAGCAAGAUGCAGGACCUGGAGGAGGAGAAUCUGGCCCUGCGCUCCGAGGCGACUCAUCUGAAGUCCGAGACCAUCACGUACGAGGAGAAGGAACAGCAGCUGGUCAGCGACUGUGUGAAGGAGCUCCGGGAGACGAACAGUCAGAUGGUGGCGAUGACGGACGAGCUGUCGCGGAAGAACGAGGAGCUGCUGCGUCACCAGGAGGAGAUGGCCCAGCUCCUGGCCCAGAUCGUGGACUUGCAGCACCGCGUCAAGGAGCUGGCCCUGGAGAAGGAGGAGCUAAGGAUUCACCUGCAGGCCUCCAAAGACGCUCAGCGGCAGCUCACGGCAGAGCUGAACGAGCUGCAGGACAGGAACGCGGAGUGCGUGGGGAUGCUGCACGAGUCUCAGGAGGAGAACAGGGAGUUGCGUAACAAGUGCGCGCCCUCCGCAGGCCUGCGCAGACACCUGCCCUACGGCCUCUUCCCCAUGGACUCUCUUGCUGCUGAAAUUGAGGGCACCAUGCGGAGGGAGCUGAGUUUGGAGGAGGAGAGUGCUUUGCAGGAUCAAAAGAGCUCCCAGAAGCGCGUGUUCCAGACGGUGCGGUCGGUAAACGAGGUGACUGCGCGGGCCCACCCCCCGCCCCGGCCCAUCCCCGGCUCCGCCCGCAGCGCCGUGCUGAUGACCGCGCUGCCCUUCCGGUCCCAGACGCACGGCCAGGGCGAGGCCUCCCAGAGCUCCCACGAGGAGGGGACGCGGCCUGGGCAGCCCAGCUCCUCGACAGGAAGUGACCUGGCGUCUGCGCUGCACCGCCUCUCCCUGCGGCGGCAGAACUUCCUGUGCGAGCGGCAGUUCUUCCAGGCAGAGCGGGACAGGAAGCUGCAGAAGCUGGCGGGGGAGGGGGGUGGGGAGGGGUGCGAGACGGCGGAGGCGGGGAGCGGCUGUUCCUCCCCCCACGGAAGCGUCUUCUCCUUCGCCAGCGCCUCCGACCUCUCCUCCGCCUCCGGCUGCUUCAAGACCUUCCUGCCCGAGAAGCUGCAGAUCGUCAAGCCCAUGGAAGGUUCUCUGACGCUGCACCACUGGCAGCAGCUGGCCCAGCCCCACCUGGCCACCAUCCUGGACCCCCACCCGGGCGUGGUCACCAAAGGGUUCCGGCCCCUGCCUCAGGACGCCGUGUACCACCUCAACGACCUGGAGGAGGACGAGGAAGAGGCGGCUGUCCGGAGGGACAACGGAGAGCGUGAGAAACAGGGCGAAGAGGAGGAGGAGGAGGGAGGGAUCACCUUCCAGGUGCAGUGCGCCUCCACCCCCGAGGAGAAGAGGGAGAGGAGGCCCCUCGGCUCCCCUGCGAGCUCCCAGCCCUCGUCCCCGGCUCGCCGCGCCUCCCCUGCCCCCCCUCCUCCCUCCUCGGUCGCCUCCACGUCUUCUGCACCCUUCCCACCCGCGUCACAGAUCCUCUGCACAACGACACCCUCUUCAGCUCAGAACCCUGGAAAAUGUCUGGGUUCCACCUUCUCCACCUACACUUUUACCACCUGCAGGAUCCUGCACCCCUGUGAUGUCACCCAGGUCACCUCAAGCUCCAUGUCGUGUCCCUCCAUGUCUGCGCGUGAGAACAGGCCCAGCUCCCUGCGGGCGGGCCCCAGCACCCCGGUGACUCCGUGCCGGCUCAGCCUGGGCGACUCCUUCCCCCCUCGCCGCUCCUCCUCCACGCCCCGCGGGCUGGCCCGGCUCCUGCUGGAGAAGGGCAUCUCCGCCCAGGCCAAACCCGGCCCCCGCCCGUCCCCCAGCACCCCGCCCAACUCCCCCGCCCCCUCGCCCGCGCCCUUCGAGACGCGCCCCGCCUCCACCGACAACUUCCUGGCCUCGCGGCCGGCCGAGCUCUUCCUGCAGGAGGUGUACGGGCUGACCCUGGGCCGGCCCCGCCCCGAGCCGCCCAGCCCCGCCCGCCCCCCCCCUCGGACCCGCAAGCCCGGCCGUGUCAGCGUCAACCUGGUGGAGCAGGUGCGCCGGCUGGGAUUCGCCAAGGUGCUCCAGGGGGCGGAGUCGGAGGGGCUCCGUCGCCAGGACUCGGCCACCUUCCUGGCGACGGGCGGCGGGAGCCUGCUGGACGGCCUCCGCCGGAACCAGAGCCUUCCCGCCAUGGUUGCCGGUGGCCGGGGCCCGCCCCUCUGCAGUCCCUCACACCCGACCCUGCCCAGUCUCUCCCUUCCCAUUCCCUCCUGGGGCAGCCUGAAAGAGCAGAGCUUCCCCCCAACAUCCUCCUCCUCCACCUCCACACAGUCUGAAGAGCUCGCCCAAGAGGAGAGACUGAAGAGUGAUUGAUGGGUGACAUUCUAUACUGAAGCACGUGACCCUUCCUUAUAUACAGCCCUGGAAGCUGACCGACACAGGGGCCGAAAGAGGAACCUAUCGGAAGGGAAAUGCGGCACUUGAAUCUUCUAUUGUUUCCUUUAAGCACAAUUUAUGAAAAUGUAAAAAUAUUUUUUUGCAGGGUUUUUUUUCUUUCUCAGUAAGCACUAAAGUGUUGUUCACGUAUGAAGGGGAGCUUUUUCUGCCUGGGUGAGCUCGCUUGCAGCCAUGUGUCUAUCCUUCCUCCUGGACCUGGCUGGGCAGGCCUGCUCUGUACGUCCUCAGGUUUGUUCGUGUCCGUCCGCUGCUAGGCUCUGGGCACCAUAGUGCAAGAGAGGGAGAAGAAAAGUCGAGGAAGGCAAGAGAAAGUGAGAGAAAGAGAGGAGCAGAGGGGUUGGCUGUUUUCCGUGCGUGUAGGUUCCAGUGGAAGAAGGGAUGGAACGUGGAGAAAGAAGGAAAAGGGAGGUGACAAUGGAAGGAAGGAAAGAGAAAGUGAAUAGUGGAGAGUGUGUCCAGGGUUUUUAGCAGCUGUAGGAGGCCGAUAAUGGCAGAUUGCCGUGUAAAUACCUGACGCCUUGUCAUUUCCUGUGAGACAAGGCUGCUUGCCAUAUUUUACCUGCAUUAUGCGAGGUCACACCUUCAGCUAAAGAAUUUCAGUAUUAUCUUUUGAGUGGACCUCAGGUUGUUCCUUUGUUUUGCUGUUGUUUGGUUUGUGCAAUACUAGCCGGAGGCCCUGGGAUGCUUUGGGCACGGCCUGUGACAUUUGCACAGCGUGGUGCGAGGUCUACCACAGUGACAGAGCAUAGGAACGUGUCAUUUCCUGCCCGCUGGAGGUCCUGUCACUCAUCUCCAGCUUGCUGUGAUGAGACUGGCCUGAAGGCUACGACGUAGUCUGUGACUGAAGCAGCCGGCUAAGCUGGCUUAUAAGGGGCUAUACACACUACUCGUGUUCAACACGGAAAUUACUUUUACCUGACAGACAAGCCCAGGGCUUUCCAUAUUUAUGAAUGUGUUGCUAUAUAUGCAUAUUAAAAUGAGGUGAGAGCCAACAUGUCUGCAUGCCACCUGACCUAUGGAGCGGAGGUUUGUGGGAAGAUGAAACUCCCUAGAAUGGAACUCCGACUCCCAUGUGCCACUGCGGUGGUGGAGCUGUGGCACUGACCCAAAGACGGUGUGAAAGCCGGCUUCACCUGAACCCCCGUACGGCCCACUGUGAGAACCACUGUGUUUUAGUCUGGUGUAGGUGGGCUUCUGUGUCCGUGUGACGUUCGGGGAACCAGGACGUCACAGUUUGGGCCUUUAGGGAGUAGUGACGGUUUGCUGAAAUGUGAGUGUGCUCUCGUUCUACGGUUCUCAAAUGUGGUUCCCUAUUGUGGCGGUUGAAGGUUGGGCAGCUAUACUGGGCAGCUGAGGGGAAGACCAUCCAAGGGACGUUUUGUCUAGAGAGUAGAGAAUGAGUAGUUGAUAUAUUUUAAGUAAACAAAGGAGAUGGUGGUUACCUGUGUAUGACAUUUGGCCCUGGAGUCUUUAGAUAUCCAGUACAUUCUGUUUUCUCUAACAGCACUAAAAUAUUUUUUCAUUAAUGUCUGUUAUUAUUAAUAAGAUUAUCUAAUAAUCUGAGGUCAGAACAGAUGACUAUGUAACUACAUGUAAUAUGAGUGUAAAUGAGCAUUACAGAGACAGUUUAUGAGUUUUAAAUAACAUUGUGUUUCAGUUACUGCUGUUAAUUUUAAUAUAUAUGUAGCCUACAUAUGGGUGUGUUUUUGUUUUGUUGUACAAAUUAUGGAUUAAGGGUAGACAAAUUUGAAAUGUUUUAAAGCUAUAUCUGUGCAAACCAAAACUGUUUCGGUUUACAAAAUGGAACUGGGAUGUGUUUCAUUGGCUGCCAUCUGAAGUGGAGAUGAGAACGGCUGUCUCGCUCUGGAGCACUGUGUGUGCGCGAGUGAGUCAGCGGUCGCUCGCAGCUUUUAGAGCAGAACUCCAAACUCCUGGCUUCCUGGGAACUUUCACACAAACCCUAGCUCGCUGAUACUACAUGAACCAAAUUGUUUCUCAGCAUGCUUUUUUUUUUUAUAUACAGUCCUGCAGGUGAUAAGCCACAGUUGAAUACUGAUGUUGUUGCCCUGCCCACAUGUUUUAUUUAGAUAGCAUAUGCAGAGAACUCCAGACGUUGAGUUUGACACUCUGGGUUAGAACUUAGUAGCACACAGUAUAGUGCUCCACCUGUGGCUUAGAACUAAGAGGGUACUCUGAGCUGGAAAGCGGCAGCAAGCUCAUCUCUGUGAGCUGAUUCCCCUCUGAGUCUUCCCGGAAAGGACUGCUGCACUCACUGUCCGUGAGGCACACACACGCAUGCAUUUCUGUAGAGAUGGCCUAUCAGGAGAUCGAGAUAUAGCCUCCUAUUAGGACUUUUUUGAAAUAUUAUUGUUAUCAGGUCAUCUCGGUACGAGUGGUGCUCACGGCUGAUGUGGUUGUAGUGCUUCAUUUCAGGAAGGGAUGUCUGAGUGAGGGGAAGCUCAGACCGGGUGUGUCCUGCAGAUCUUUGCAGCUCUUUGCAUGGGUAGAAAGACUGUUGUAUAACUCCUCUGUGCCUGCCCCCAACAAAUGUAUCAGUAUUAGUCAUUCGGCUGUCUCUUUUUAAAUAAAGAAAAAGGAAAAAA